AUUAUAUUCUAUUCCAUAUGAGUACACUUCCGGUUGCAGACGACGAAUAGCGAAAUCGAGCCCUAGCCCGUGAGUAAUGUAGGCAGGACGUAGGAGGUCUUUUGAAAUAAUGGUGACAAGUCAAGUAUUCAAUGCAGCUACAGAAGGAAAUCUUUCGUUUCUGACAACUUUAAAACCCGAACAGCUCACAGACAAGUUAGUGGACGAACAAGGGGCGAAUUGUUGUCAUUACGCAUCAAGGGCGGGUCGGGUGGAUAUCAUAGAGUACCUUGUCUUGACUAGACAGUUCAACCACCACAAGAGAUCGGUGGUAGGCUCAACACCAGCUCACGAUGCUGCAGCUUCAGGGAAACUGGCUACUCUACAGUGGUUACUGAAACACUCAAAUCCUCCUUUGUCUGAGGAUGACCAAGAUGGUACUGGGGCGACUAUAUUGCAUUUGGCAGCUAGAUAUGGACAUGCUUCUGUGGUGGAAUGGAUUCUUGAUAAUACUCAGGGUAACUUGACGUCAAUAAAAGCAGCAAGUGGCGCUCUUCCUCUUCAUUUUGCUGCAUCUGGUGGUAGCACUGAAACAGUUCAAAUUCUAUUGAAAGAGUCUCCAAGGACUGUUAACAUGCAGAUGAUGAAUGGAGCAACCCCAAUAUACAUUGCUGCACAGAGUGGACAAUUAGGAGUCCUAAGGUUGCUUGUUCAGAAAGGUGGCACUAUUAAAAUCAAUGCAUAUGAUGGCAUGUCUUGUCUACAUGCUGCAACCCAAAGUGGACAUCUGGAUUGUGUGAAAUUUUUGAUUUCCGAACAGAGAUGCAAUGUCAAUGAACGAGACUUUGAUGGAGCUUCCCCUCUUCAUUAUGCAACAAGCAUGGGUCACACUGAGGUUGUUAGAUGGUUGUUGACAGAGGGAGGGGCUAAGAUCACCCUAGAUAAUCUUGGAGGCAGCCCUCUCCAUAAUGCAGCAGAAGUAGGACACCUAAAGGUUGUGAGAAUUUUAUUAGAGAACCACUGUAGUCCAGAUAUCACUGACAACCAAGGGCUGACAGCAGCGGAGUUAGCAGAGAAAUGUUCUAAUGAGCAGUGUGCCAAGGAAAUCAAAGCUAAACAAGCCGGUUAUGAUGUAGAAGCACCAAGCCCACCGUCUUGGACUCAUCAUUUAGACACUGCCUCCACAGCCAGUAACUUCAGUAAGCACGAUUUUGAAGAUUCUGGAUCUUGCACAUUGUCAGAGGAGACUGGCGAGUGUGAAAGCAGAGAUUACAAACACAUUGAACCAUCAGAUUCAACGAAUAAUAACAGGGAUAUCACUACACCUAACAACAACACAACUCCACAAAAUAAUAACUCUAUUGAAAUCGUAGAAGAAUCCUCACAAUAUCAGUCUGGAAGUAACAGGAACCAGUCUGAAUCUUACAGAAAUCCAACACAGAGUCACACCAAGUCAGUAACGGAGGUAAACCGUACCAAGUCCUUUGGUACCUCAGAUUUUUUACAGAGGUACAGUGGGGUCAGAGAGUUACCUCCCCUAACACAGAGACCAGCAGCUCCUGUUAUUCAGGUGUCACCUUACAACAACAAAGGCAGAAUGAGUGAAGUGGAGAAGGAGGAGGUGAGGCAGUUAUCUCCCCAUACUUACAGAAGCAGUAGGACCUUAUUACUGACAGAACUGAAUGACAAAGUCAAGACUGCACAGGCGGAUGGAGAGGGGCCGUCCAAUGAUGAACAUGUCCAUGCAUAUGAGGCAGUCAGCAAUCCAAAAAUUGGACCAAGGGAUCCAUCGCCAAUGUCAGAGAACAGACAAGGAUAUAGUCCUGCUUCCUCCUCAUUUUCUGGCUCGGCCAGAAGCAGUCCCACACCAUCGAACACAGACCUGAUUGCUGAGCUGAAAAAAGCUGCUGUUACUCCAUCUCUAAAGAAAACAAAGAAACCAAAUGAGGAGGGGAAGAUGAACUUCAUAUACUCAUUUGGAGGACCAGUAAAAACUGGUGUUGUUACCAAUGGAGAUGGUAAUCACAACUCCAGUCAACACUCGGACAAGCCAAAGAAGGGAAAGAUUGCACUAGAAGGGGACUUUGAUCCCAGAAACUUCAUGGACCAGGUUGACUCUUUGGAUAAAUCAGGAAACCCUUUGCCAGAAUGGAAACGACAAAUGUUAGCCAGAAAUCUUGCUGAAAAAGCCUUCAAAGAGCAUGAAGAAAAGAAAAAGCUGGAAGAAAUAGAAGCUAGGUUUAAAAACAUGCCACUGUGGAAGAGGCAGUUAAUAGAGAGAAAAGAGGCGGAAGAAAAGGUUAAACAGGGGAACAAGAACAACUAAAUAGAAGUGCUUUGUAUCAAAAAAUGUUUAUUAAAAUUCCACAGGUUGUGCAAUUGUUUAAAUGCGUCCAGUUGUUGUAUAUGUUUAUUUUUAUUGUGUUUCAUGUUGUUAUGAUGACUAAUCUGGGAGCUAAAUGCUUAGUUGUUGUAGUGCAUUACAGGCAUCAGCAUUAGCUUUUAGCAGGUUGGGAACACUUCCCCUAUAGCGAGAUAUUCUCGCUAAAGCGCGAUUAUCCCUCUUUAGCGAGAAAUAAACAUUACCAUAAACAAGUGUUUUGGUGUCUUUAUUGAAAAUAAUGGCAAAUCCCAUGCAACGCUGAAUAAGUGCGACACACACCCAACAUGAAGCAAAUUGUUUCUAUGAAAUUGACAACAUAGUCAAGAAAUUUCAUAUCAAAGUUGCUGCGUAAGAGAGAAGCAGUCUGAAAUCCAAUACAGUACACAUCGUGAGUGUUUUUGUUUUGAUUAAUAUAUUUGCAGAAGUAUCACAUAUUUUAGCACUUUUUCUUCUUCUCACGUGAAACACAAAGAGAUGUAUUCCAAGGGUGUUUUUCUCGGUUGAACGGGAUAUAUUUACUCUUGUUAGAGAGAGAUCAUCGCGUUUUAGCGAGAAUAUCUCGCUAUAGAGGAAGUGUUCCCAACCUGUUUAGUAGUGUUAAAUUGUUGUCACAUGUUGAGUAGCUUCCUCAGUUCUCAGAAUAUGGAGGGAGUCCCUUUAUGGUAUUGGGUUGUGAUAAGGUGCUGUUGCUUGCAACAUACAAUGUUAACAAAUCUGUUAUCUUCCAAAUUAUUAAUAGAAAUUAUAGACACCUGGCAGAAAUUUUGAUCACUAUGAAUUAGCAAUUUUAAGAAUGUUUUCAUAUACACUGAACAUAGUUUUUCAUAUCGGGUAUUUUGCACAAUUGUUGUAGAAUUAUCUUUACUCUAGUCAUUACAUUGCUGCCCUACACGCUAGUCAUAAUGGGCAGUAAGUAAGUAAGUAGUCAUUACAUGAUGAUUAGUCAUUACAUGAUGAUACAUAACUGUAUGAUCCUUCGUUAGCUUUUUUUAAAAAACAUGUUAAUGUCAAAAUAUUUUCAAAUGUUUAUUGUACUUCUAAAAUGAAUUUUGCAACUCUGAAUGUAAACAUAUAUGCUUGUACAGCUAUAUGGCUGCGAGAAUCACAGUUUCAUUUAAUGAUUUUGUGAAGACUAAGAAAUAAAUCCGAGGAUUUUCAGACACUGCUGCGUCAUGCUGAAAGCUUUUGGCUUAUACUAUUUGAUUAAAUGUACAGUAUAUUGGUAAUUUUUGCAAGAAGAAAUUGCAAUUUUGAAAAUUAGGUCAUGGAUAUGUUUGAUAUGUAUCACAAUAAAUUAUCAUUUAUGUUUUAAGGUUAAUCGAUCCUCAUGUGAUGUCAUAGGUUUUUGCAAAAAUCUUUAUCAAAUUAAACUUUACGCAUGAAAGAAAUAUAUCUUCAGAGGAAUUUUAUUUACUACAUAAAAUAAAAAAUUUGGUAAACUAUUGAUAUUAAAAAAGUGUAUAUUUUCUAUAGAUAAUCAUUUCUUUAUAAUUAAAAAAAAUGUUGUCAAGGGCAAUAACUCCUAUGCUGGUAUUUCUUCUACUGCAUGUCUAUUAUGCAUGAUUUCCCUAAUAUCCACAAUUAAUUUAUACAUAUUUAUGAAUUAACAGUUUUCUUAAACUGUUGACAUUUAAAAUUUGUCAUUUCAACAAGAUUUUUAUCUAUUUUAAUUAUUCUGUACAACGAAAAUGUGUGAUUUUCUGAUAAGUCACAUGAGGAUCGAUCGACCUUAAGUACAUGUAUAUAUACACUAAAGAGGCCAAAAAUGGGAUUUUACAGAGAGUUUGAUUUUAAACUGAUUCUUUGAAAAUUCAUCAUUCAAUAUAAAAAAAAUUUCAAAGCAUUACCAUUUUGACACAUUGAAAUACAAUUUUCUCUAUUUUAAAAUUUGUCAAAAGUGAAUGGGAGUGAAAAUAUAGUUGGAUGAAAAUGUUUCCAUGUACAGUACUUGACCAUCAAAGUUCCUAUUUUUCUUAGUAUUUUUCUUCGAUCGCAUUACUGUAUCAAGUUUAAAUGUGCAGUUAUAACUACUGAACCUAUACUUUGUUUACAAAUGAUUACUUGUACUUUGUUUAUACAGAUGUCAUUGAAUGAUUUUAAUGUGUUCCAGUUGUGAACAUGCAGUGAUUUUUUUCCGUCUUACUCUCCUGCAUUCUUUUGUGGAAAAUUCAAAUGAAGUUGACAUUAAUUAAGCAAAUUGGUGGACUGUUAGGAAACACUGCUAUCCUGCCAAAUUAUGAAUUGUUGUUAAAAAGAUUUCAUAGAAAAUAACAGAUGGACAGCUCACACUUUUUACAAAUAAAAGAUCAUGCACUUUUA